AUGGGAUCUUGGCAAGUAUACGCUCGGGAAAUUGUUGAGAUUAUUCACUUUUAUGGCGAGUUAAAUGAAACGGAUUCUGUAUGUUUCAUUGAAAGAAUUUCAUUAGAUCCUAGUGAAGAGAAGAUAUCAAAGUAUUUAGCAAACAAUAAAUAUCAAAGUCAUCAUUCAAAUGAUCUGAAAAUAUUGAAGUUAAAUGUAUAUGAUAAGAUCAUUAUAUAUGAAUGUGUUGGUCUGAAGAAAGAAUUCUUCGAACACGCUUUAAAGCAUCUUGAAAAAGCAGAAGGCAAAUUACUGAUAAUCAAGAAACUUCAAAAUUGGAUUGGUAAAUUUAAUGACGAACAGUGUGAACAAUCUGCUAUCGAAAUGAACUCUUUGUUUAGAGAUUUAUUAGAUGCUGGUUUCAAUAUUCAGUGGGACGUAAUCGAUUUACCUAUCGACAUAAAUUAUAACAGAUGGUUUGAAAGUGUAAGCAGUUGUUCAGAACGUUUAAUUCAUAAUAUGAAAGCCUCUCUCAAAUAUAUUCCACUGGAUCGUGAAAAUAUUAGAAUGAAUGAACAACUAUUAAUAAUUAUCGCUAGUCCGAAGCUUCCUACAGAUUGUGAAUUCAAACCGAUAAAGCGAUCACUAAAGUCGAAGCAUAAAUCAACUAAUAAAUGCAGCUUAUAUCAAAACACAACUGAUGUAUGGCCAUUAUUUGUGACGCAGCAACUGAAGACUAUAGUAAACGAACAAGCGCGUGAAAUUAUUUUAAAUUCAGUUAAUCCGAUCAAUAAGCAGUAUAAAAACACAAAUCGAGGUGGUCUGAAGAGGUCAAUCAUAUUUUUUUCUCAAAAGAAACAAACAACAACAACAAAACAUAAUUGGCCAAAAGAGAAAGUUAGUUUGAUCAUAAUUGGAUUUAAGAAAUACAUAACAAGAUGA